AUGGAGGCAAUUGCAACAAAGGAUCAACUUAUUAAAAUAUUGGCGACAGCUGGUUUCAAACCUCGCAAGUGGUGCGCAAAUAAUGCCCAAUUACUUCAAGGACUCGCUCCAGAAGAUCAAGAAGUGGAUCUCGAUGUCAGCAGUGAGUCACAUAAGACAGUAAAAACUCUAGGCCUUAUCUGGCUACCAAAAUCUGAUCAGUUUUCAAUAAAAACUAACGGACCUAUACACAGCAAAAUAACAAAGAGGACCGUAAGUUCCGAGUUGGCGCACAUUUUUGAUCCACUUGGAUUAAUGGCUCCCGUAGUAGUGAAGGCGAAAAUAUUUGUUCAAAAAUUGUGGCAGUUAAAACUUUCGUGGGAUGAAGCUCUGCCUGCUGAAAUGCAUACUCAAUGGACCCAUUUUCGUCAGAGCUUAUGUGAAAUAAACAAUGUAAAGAUUCCACGACAUAUAUUUCAUCAUAAACAACCAAGGAAUACUCAGAUUCAUGUAUUUACUGAUGCCUCCGAAAGGGCCUAUGGAGCUGCCAUUUACAUCAGAGCCGAAAUGACUGAUCGAACUAUCUCAGUUCAGUUACUUUGUUCAAAAUCACGCGUCGCUCCACUAAAAACGCAGACAAUACCAAGACUUGAGUUAUGUGCGGCUUUACUAGGAGCACAAUUGGUAGUAAAGGUAAAAAAGGAUUUGGAAUAUGAACAUCAUCCGAUAUAUAUGUGGACUGAUUCUGAGAUAACAUUGCAUUGGAUCAAUUCAGAACCAUCAACAUUCCAAACUUUCGUUGCUCAUCGUAUCAGUAAGAUUCAGCAAUUAACACUAAAGGAACAGUGGAGGCAUGUCAAUACUAAACAAAACCCAGCUGAUUUAUUAUCCAGAGGUGUAGAUCCAAUUUACAUUCAGAAGAAUGCAAUGUGGUUUUAUGGGCCACUUUUCCUUCAUGGAAAUCAAGAAUGCUGGCCCCAACCAUUCCGUCAGGAAUUGAUAACAUCCGACCAUAUACAAGCGGAAGUCAAAAGGAAGGUACAUGUGCUUACAAUUUCACAUGAUGAUGAACUAAUCAAAAUGAUUUAUACGAUAAGGCAUGGAAACUCAUUCAUAAGGUUGCAACGAAUUCUUGGCUAUGUGUUGAGAUUCAUCAAAGGGUUACGUAAUAAGAGCAAGCACAACGACAUCAAUUUGACACCAUUAGAACUGGAUGAGUCAUUACUCAUAAUUAUAAAAGCCAUACAGCUAAGUGAUUUCAAUGAAGAACGACAUCAACUCUUAAAGAAAAGGGAUCUAAAGGGAAGCAGUAGUCUCCACGGACUUUCUCCAUUUAUCGACGAUAGUGGCGUCAUCAGGGUUGGAGGUCGAUUGACGUCGUCACAUCUUACCUACGAUGCCAAACACCCCAUGCUGCUGCCAUAUAACGAUCCAAUAGCUAAGCUCAUAAUGAAACAUUUACAUGAGAAGGGACUUCACUGCGGACCGCAAACAUUAUUAGCCCAGUGCAGGCAGCGAUUUUGGCCAAUAAAAGGCAAGAUUAUGGCUCGAUCCAUUGUGCAACAUUGUGUACAAUGCACUCGAGUACGCCCACAUAUGUUCAAACAAAUCAUGGGCAAUCUACCAGCUGACAGAGUCCAAGCUCAAAGACCUUUUUUCAACGCAGGUGUGGACUUCUGUGGUCCCAUAUGGAUACACCACAAAAUUAGAGGCAAAAGACCAUGCAAAGCGUACAUCGCAGUGUUUUGCUGCUUCUCCACGAAGGCAGUACAUUUGGAAGUUGUUAGUGAUCUCACCACAGAUGCAUUCUUAGGCGCUUUGAACCGGUUUACGUCAAGAAGAGGUCGAUGUCAGAACUUAUAUUGUGACAACGCGACUAAUUUUGUGGGCGCUAAAAAUCAAAUGAACGAGUUAGCUGAAAGCAUUCACAGCACAAAUGCUCAAAACAACAUAAUAAGAUCCUGUUCAGCUCAAGGAAUUGUUUUUCAUUUUAUACCUCCGAGAGCACCACAUUUCGGAGGAUUAUGGGAAGCUGCUGUCAAAUCAGCUAAAUAUCUAUUGGUGCGAACUAUUGGCAACGUGUCACUCACUUACGAGGAAUUGGAAACAGUGGUAACCCAAAUUGAAAGUAUGCUAAACUCCAGACCAAUAACACCGUUGUCAUCAGAUCCAAAUGACCCGGCUGCCCUCACACCAGGACACUUCUUAAUAGGAGAACCGCUAACAGCCCUUCCAAGUAGGUCAGAAACUACAACCAAACAAUCGCUUUUAACCAGGUGGAAGCUGGUGAAUCAUCUAAAAAACGAGUUCUGGUCAAGAUGGUCAAAGGAGUAUCUUAAUGAGCUACAGUGUCGCACUAAAUGGAAGGACCAAUCACCUGACGUCAAAGAAGGAAUGCUGGUAAUCAUUCAAGAAGACAACGCUCCUCCGCUUCAAUGGCCUCUGGGCAGAAUCAUCAAAUGCUAUUCCGGUAAUGAUGGAAGAAUCAGAGUUGUAGAUGUCAAAACGAAACACGGGAUUUGGAAGCGUCCAAUACAUCGGCUAGCACCAUUAUUGUCGGAAGAUUGUUCAACCCCCAUGAUGCAACUUGAUAGAUGUGAUGAAGAAAAGCCUAAAAAACGAGCAAAACUCAACAUCAACUUGCUAGCCAUUGCAUUGCUG